AUGUGGAAGAUUUCAAAUUUCUUGUUAUUAUUCCUUUUUCUGCCAUCAGUCUACAGUCAAUUCGCUCUUCAGCCGAAAGUUCGAGUGGAGCCAAAAUGCGGGACUCAACUGAUCACUGUUGAGGUCUCCUUCAAUAAAGAUUUGUUGCCUGGCGGGAAAUUUACCGAUUGGAUUGUUGUUGGGAUUUCUGGUAGACCAGAAUGUCGUUUGAAAGGGAAUGGAGAAAUACGUUACGUUAUUGAAAUUGCGAUUUUUAACGACCCUUGCAACACGCUCAUGCCUCAAGUUGGCAUUUUCGAGAAUCGAGUUCGAAUCGGUGAAAAUCCAUCAGUUAUUUUGGCGGGUGAUGAGACGUUUCGAAUCAGAUGUGUCUAUGGUCGACCGGAGAUCGGAACACUCCCAUUACCGAUAAUAAAUCCUAACUUUGCAAUUGAUAAUGGAGCUAGCGGAACAAAUCUCUUUGGUCAACAAUCGAUAAAUGAGGGUCUUCUCUCGACAGUCCGUCAACCGAUCCAGCCAUCGAUUGGAGCAAACGGGGAGCUCACCGCCGAGCAACUCGCCGCUAUAAACCGUCAACUUCUCGAAAAUGCUCGCGGCAGUGGAUCGCCAUCGAUUUUAGCUAAUGGAAAUUCGAAUCUAGGUUUCCCAUCUGGCUUUGGCGGUUUGUUAAACAACACCGGAAAAUCAGGAGGAGAAAGGCCGAAUCCUUUAAAUAAUCGAGGAAAUUUGGAUGGAGAUUUUCGAGAGGAUCCAUUGCUGAAUAUUAAUCCACAAGGUGGAAUCAAAAGCGGCCUCGACAUUCGCCCAAUCAAUCCGAACACCGGCCUGAGCACCGAUCUUUCUUCAAUCAACGCGAAUCUGAACGCGGUAACGGGUGGGCAGCCGGGAAUGCAAGCAAACACAGCCAGCUCUCGUCUGCCACAAAUUCUUCUUUUCGCUCUUUUAUCUUUUCUUUUAUUAGCUCUAGUUCUUUUAUGUUGUUUAUAUUUUUGUAUGAGAAGACGACAUCAAGAAGAUCAGCAAAAUAACAAUAUGCGUGUAUCAAUGCCAGCGAGCAAGGGUUUUGGUGGAAUGUGGUGGACGGGAAGAGCCAAUCCAGCGAAUGGAGAGUAUGCCGGGUUGGAGAGCACAAGACACGGCUCUGCAGGAUCUCCAGCGAAUUCUGGCACCUCGUCAACCCAUGCAGCUUCCUCUCAGCAAGCUGUCCUUCCCAGAAAACAUUUCGAGAAAAACAAGCGAAGUUUUGGAUAUGAUGGAGCGAUUACGGCAUUCGAUCGACGAGGAUCUUCUGACAGUCAAUCUCGAGCCGAUUAUUUGCCAACAAAUUCAUUGGGUAUUGCGAGUAUAUCGAAUCGAGAGACUAACAAUGGAUAUGCAUCAACGAGAAAAGUCAAUCGAGCGUUUGUUAGCGAUUUGGGAGAUGAAAACCACUAUGCUUCCGGUUCGUAUCUAUCAACGAGAAGCCCUCCGCCACGAGAAAGCCCACCACCAGCACCGAUGGAAAAAGAUUAUCAAGUGACUCGAUCUGGGACGAACUAUGUUGAGCAUUAUGUGUCUGAGACAGAACACAAUAAUCCGGAUUUCAAUGAAAGAGCUGUUGAUGUGGCAGAGGUGAGCAAGAAUAUCAGUAGGGAUCGCUAUGACAAGAUUGAUCAAUCGAUUGUCGAAUUGCAGAAGGUUCAACCGAAGAGUUACUCGGAAUGGAGGCGGACACUGAUGGAUGGACGAGAGGAACAUCCUGAGAGGCCUGCAUCUUCUACAGGCGUUCAGGUUUCCUCAAGGGAAGUCCCAGCAGGCCUUUUCCCGGAAGAGGGGAUCUCUUCAUUCCGAUCAAUCACGGAAAUCUAUCAAUCAGUUGAGACAAGGAGAGACGAUUUUGCGAGAGAGCAAGAAUCAAUACAAGACUCUCAAUCAACUAUUGAUCAGCUUUGUGAUGCCGUUCUCCCGAUGAGAGGCUUUGGGCCAAGAAAGUUGAAUGAGCAAGAGCUGGGUCGAUGGCGUGGUUUGAUACGAAGAGAUCCUCGCUUACGAGAACUUCUUCUCGCUUGCAAGAAUAUUGGUGAUGUUCUUUCGGUGAGUGAACGAGCCGAGUAUCGAACGUUGUUCACUCGAGAAAAAUGGGGAGAGAUCGCGAGAUGUUUAGCCGAUUCAGCGAUUAUUAAAACCAAUCUCGGAACCCAGCGAUCGAAUUCGAAUCUGAACAUUUACGUGGGAAAUGUCGGCACAGAUUGG